AUGAGCCCCUGGCAGCCCUUGGUCCUGGUGCUCCUGGUGCUGGGCUGCUCUGCCGCCCCCAAACCACGCCAGCCCACCUUUGUGGUCUUCCCGGGAGACCUACGAACCAAUCUCAGCGACAGGCAGCUGGCAGAGGAAUAUCUGUACCGCUAUGGCUACACUCAAGUGGCCGAGAUGACCGACAGAAAGCAGUCCCUGGAACCGGCUCUAAAGCUUCUCCAGCAGCGCCUGUCCCUGCCGCAGACUGGCGAGCUGGACACCACCACCCUGAAUGCCAUGCGUGCCCCGCGCUGCGGCGUCCCGGACCUGGGCAAAUUCCAGACCUUUGAGGGCGACCUCAAGUGGCACCACCACGACAUCACCUACUGGAUCCAAAACUACUCGGAAGACUUGCCGCGCGAUGUGAUUGACGACGCCUUUGCCCGCGCCUUCGCGCUCUGGAGCGAGGUGACGCCGCUCAAUUUCACUCGCGUAUACGGCCCCAACGCCGACAUCGUUAUCCAGUUUGGUGUUAAGGAGCACGGAGAUGGGUAUCCCUUCGAUGGGAAGGACGGGCUCCUGGCACACGCCUUCCCUCCUGGCCCGGGCAUUCAAGGAGACGCCCACUUCGACGAUGAAGAGUUGUGGUCUCUGGGCAAAGGCGUCGUGGUUCCGACCUACUUCGGAAACGCAAAAGGCGCAGCCUGCCACUUCCCCUUCACCUUCGAGGGCCGCUCCUAUUCCGCCUGCACCACGGACGGCCGCUCCGACGACAUGCUCUGGUGCAGCACCACGGCCGACUAUGACACCGACCGCCAGUUUGGCUUCUGCCCUAGCGAGAGACUCUUCACUCGGGACGGUAACGCGGACGGCAAGCCCUGCGUGUUUCCAUUCACCUUCGAGGGCCGCUCCUACUCCUCCUGCACCACCGACGGCCGCUCAGACGGCUACCGCUGGUGCGGCACCACCGCCAACUACGACCAGGACAAGCUUUAUGGCUUCUGCCCUACCCGAGCUGACUCGACGGUGACGGGAGGCAACUCGGCGGGGGACCUGUGCGUCUUCCCCUUCACCUUCCUGGGCAAGGAGUACUCGGCCUGCACCAGAGAGGGCCGCAGUGAUGGGCACCUCUGGUGUGCCACCACCUCGAACUUCGACAAGGACAAGAAGUGGGGCUUCUGCCCAGACCAAGGCUACAGCCUGUUCCUUGUGGCGGCGCACGAGUUUGGCCAUGCAUUGGGCUUAGAUCACUCAACCGUGCCAGAGGCGCUCAUGUACCCCAUGUACAGCUUCACUGAGGAGCACCCCCUGCAUGAGGACGAUGUGCGGGGCAUCCAGUAUCUGUAUGGUUCUCGCCCUAAACCUGAACCCCGGCCUCCAACCACCACCACAGCUGAACCCCAAUCCACCGUUCCCCCCACGGUCUGCGUCACCGGGCCUCCCACUACCCGCCCCUCUGAGCGCUCCACUGCUGGCCCCACAGGCCCUCCUUCAGCUGGCCCCACGGGUCCUCCCACUGCUGGCCCUUCUGCAGCCCCUACGGUGUCCUUGGGGCCAGGGGAGGACAUCUGCAAUGUGGACAUCUUCGAUGCCAUCGCGGAGAUCCGGAAUCGCCUACAUUUCUUCAAGGAUGGGAAGUACUGGCGACUCUCUGAGGGCAAGGAACAUCGGGUGCAGGGCCCCUUCCUUAUCAAGGACAGGUGGCCUGCGCUUCCCCACAAGCUGGACUCUGCCUUUGAGGAGCCGCUCAGCAAGAAGAUUUUCUUCUUCUCUGGACGCCAAGUGUGGGUGUACACAGGCGCGUCGGUACUAGGCCCGAGGCGUCUGGAUAAGUUGGGCCUGGGCCCGGAGGUGGCCCGCGUCACAGGGGCCCUCCCGCGCGAGGCGGGUAAGGUGCUGCUGUUCAGCCAGCAGAACUUCUGGAGGUUCGACGUGAAGACGCAGAAGGUGGAUUCCCGGAGCGCCACCCGUGUGGACCAGAUGUUCCCCGGGGUGCCCUUGAACACACACGACAUCUUCCAGUACCAAGAGAAAGCUUACUUCUGCCAGGCCCGCUUCUUCUGGCGUGUGAGUUCCCGGAACGAGGUGAAUCAGGUGGACUAUGUGGGCUACGUGACCUUCGACCUCCUGAAGUGCCCCGAGGACUAGGGCUCCUCGUCCUGCUUCAGCACUGCAGUGGGGGGUCCUCAAGGGGGCCAUCCUGAUAAGGAAUGAGCCGGCCUGCCGGAUCCAAACCGGAGGACAAGGAGAAGGGGAGGUGGGCUGGGCCCUCUCUUCCCACCUUCCUUUUUGCUGGAACUUUUGGAAUAAACUUGGAUUCUUU